AUGAGUGACGAUUGCGUCUGGAUAGCAGCAAACUUCCUGGUCCCGCGCACCAAGGAAGACCUGGCAAUGACGACUACGAUGCUCCGGCGCAUGCCGUGCUUCAGCCGCCUGAAUCGAUUCAGCGACUUGGACGAAUGCAAGCAUACUAUCGAAGAUGAAGACCAGGUCUGGGUCCAAGCGGUCUUCGAGGUGCCCGUACACCGUGCUGGAAGGAUGCUCCAGAUGCUCGGAGGAUUGCCGCACUUCGGGACGAUCUCUCUGCCGGAAGAAUGGGAGGUGUUGGACGAGAAGCUGUCCCUGAAGUUCCACCCCAAGCUUAACGGAACGAGCAAGGGUAAAGAGCGAGAGAUGGAUACUGAAGGCGAGUGUACAAUCAAGACUUCUCAGAGCGACACUACUGCGGUCAGCGCGCCUAGUGGAACCGGAGAAGCGAGCAUGAGCAGCACCAGCAACGAUCGCGGCAAUCGAAACAAAGGCAUCGCAGACGAGACCAUGGCCAUUCGAACCGAGUCCGAGCAGUCCGAUCAAAUCAAAGCAGACAUUUCCAUCGAGAAUGACUUUUGGGGGGUUCGGCAGUGUGUACUGCAGCCUCAAGCAAAAGCUGCCCGAGACGAGCUUGUUGUUCGGAUGCGUGCUGCUAAUCGGCAGCUUUACAACCGCAUCCUCCGCUAG